AUGCGCCUGAAGGGAAAGGCCGCCAAAGCUGCUAAGGAAGCCAAGGAGACAAAGGAGAAGGAAGGCGAAGAGGCUCAGGAGUCCUCUGCUACUGGAAAGAAGCGUGGUGCCAGCGAAGCCGAAGCUUCAGAUGCUGCUGAGAAAGACGAGCCUGCCAAGAAAAAGCGUGGCCCCGGUCGCCCCAAGAGAGCUCAGUCCGACGAGGAGGCUACCACCGAGCCCAAGAAGAACGCUCGUGCCAAGAAGGUUGAUACCGAUGCGACUGUUGAAAAUCAGCCCAAGAAGCGAGGCCGUGCUCCCAAGAAAGUCAUCGAGCCGGAAUCUGAACACAACAGUGACUCGGAGAUGCCUGAUGCCGAAGAACCCAAGCCGACCCAGAAAAAGAGUGCUGGCCGUCCCAAGGCAGACUCGUCCGCGAAGGCCAAAGGAGACAAGACCACCGAAGACGAUGAUUCCUCCAAGGCUGGUAAGAAGUCUUCAGAGGCUGCCAAUGUUGGUCGCCCUCGCGGUCGAAAGCAAGCUACCGCCAAGGUUGCCGAUGAAGCUACGGUGAAGGGCAACGACCAGGAUGAUGAGCCCGCUGAUAAGCCUAAGGGCAAGAAACGCGCUUCAAAGCAGACCAAAGACAAGGCAGCUGAAGCUGGCGAGGUGGACAAUGAUCAAGACAAUGCGCCUGCUGCAAAGCCAAAGGGAAAGCGCGCGAAACAGGCUAAGACCAAGGCAAUUGAAGAACCUGCCGAGGCGGGUGAUGCCGGUGACACCCAGACCCACGAAAACGACGCGCCUGCUGCCAAGCCAAAGCCAAAGGCAAAGGGCAACGGCCGCAAGAAGGCUGCUUCGAAGGAUUCUGCUGAGCCUGCUAUUGCUGCUCAAGCCCCCACUUUGGCCGAAGGCGCCGAUGCUAGCAAGACGACUGGUGAUGAGCCUGCCAAGGAUGCUGUCGAUGCACAGAGCCCUGCCGAGAACGACAAGACCGAGACCGUCCCUGCGACUGAGGCUACUGAAGCCAAAUAA